AUGUCUAAAGAUACUAUUGUCAUUUUUGGCGCCACUGGCAAGCAGGGUGGAUCUGUUGUUGACAGUAUCCUGAAUGACCCCACGGCAGCCAGCCGAUUCCAUGUCAAAGCUGUCACCCGUGACAUUUCGACGGACAAGGCGAAGGCAUUGGCUGCAAAGGGUGCUGAGCUGGUUACGGGAGACCUGAACGAUAAAGAGUCGUUGCGUCCUGUGAUCAAGGGAGCCUAUGGGGUUUUCGCUGUCACCAACUUCUGGGAAAUCUUCAGUGCGGAGAAAGAAGUUCAGCAGGGGAAGAAUACUGCUGAGGUCUGCAAGGAGGAAGGCGUGCAGCACCUGGUAUGGAGUAGUCUCCUCAACAUCAAUAAACUUACCAACGGCGUGCUUUCCCAAGUCUACCACUUUGACGGCAAGGCUGAGGUCGAGGAGUACAUCCGGUCCCUUGACAUUCCGGCUACCUUCUUCCUCGCCGGCUUCUUUAUGUCCAAUGUCCCCGGGGUGAGCUUCCGCCAGAUCCCCACUGGCAGCUACGCCCUCUCCAUGCCUGUUCCGGAUGACGCGCCCGUUCCUCUCUUUGCUGCUGAGUUUGACACCGGUAAGUUUGUCAAGGCGAUCUUCCUCAAGCGGGACGCUACGCUCGGAAAACGUAUAUACGGGGCGACCAGUUAUUCCACUCCGGCGGAAAUGGUGGCUACUUUCCAGAAAGUCUACCCCGAGGCGGGCAAGGACGCCAAGUUCAAUCAACUGUCUCAUGAGGCAUUCAAGGGCAUCAUGGCUGCAACCGGUGCCCCUGAGAUUAUUCAAGAGGAGAUGCUACAGAAUAUGCGCCUUCUGUCGGAGUUUGGGUAUUAUGGGGGGGAUGCUUUAGAGCCUAGUCUUGCGAUCGUUGACGAACCAUUGACGACUUGGGAGGAGUACAUCAAGCAGGCUGCCGCUUUCGCCUCGUUGAAGUAG